CUUCUAACUUAUUUUUUUUGAACAACUCUCUCUCUUCUAACUCUUACCCAAAAUAUUAAUGCAUAUAAAUAUUUUGAGUGACUGAGAAAAAUGAUAGGCAACAUUUUACCAACCUUUCUUCUUCUUCUUCUCAUAUCAAAGUUUCUCUCUCAUUUCUUCAUCACUUCACUGCCCUGCUUUUUUUCCUUAUUUUGAAUAGUUCUCGAACUUAUUUUUCUCCUGAAACUCUUUGCAUAAAUCAUAACACAAAAACCGAAUAAGAGACCGUCAAAAUUGUUAUUAUCCUAUUCGUGUAAAACAAUGGUUGCAUCAGCUUCAGAGAGUACGUCAGUUGAGGAAUAUUACAGCCGCCAAGUAGAGAGAGUGACACAACUACCCAACUCGGCUUCUGACUUAGUCGUUGACUCAAGCAAGGCAGAGCAAAACGAGAACUCAAAGAAGGCGAAACGUGUAAAAGACUCCGGUAAGCACGCUUACCCGGUUUAUCGCGGUGUAAGAAUGAGGAACUGGGGCAAAUGGGUGUCGGAGAUUCGUGAGCCGAGGAAGAAGUCUCGUAUUUGGCUCGGAACUUUCCCUACGCCGGAAAUGGCGGCGCGUGCUCACGACGUUGCAGCUUUGAGCAUUAAAGGGGCCUCAGCUAUACUGAACUUCCCUGAACUAGCUGACUCAUUCCCUCGACCUGUCUCGCUAAACCCUCGAGACAUUCAGACAGCAGCUCUCAAAGCAGCACACAUGGAACCAACGACGUCGGUCACGUCCUCUUCAUCGUCUUCCACUUCUUCACUCGAGUCUCUAGUGAUGGUGAUGGACCUCUCGAACACUGAGUCGGAGGAGCUCGAUGAGAUCGUGGAGCUGCCAAGUCUCGGGGCGAAUUACGACGUCCACGCGGCUAGCUUUGGGAACGAGUUCGUGUUCUCUGACUCAGUGGACUACUGUUUGUAUCCUCCGCCGUGGGGGCAGUGGUCGGAAGAUAGCUACGGAAUCAGCCCUAGUUUCAACCAAGACUCGUCAUGGGAUCUUUAACGAAAUUUUUAAUCAAUUUGAUUUUCUUUUGUCAAGGUAAUCAGUUUGAUUUUUGUAUCAUUAUUAUAAGUAAUGAUGUAUGUAGUGUUUAAUACCGUGUUUAUGAACCCUUUUUUGUGUUAGUUAAGCAAGGGUUUGUUUUUUUUGGUGCGUGUGUGAACUCCAUAAUGAAUUCGUGUACAAAACUCAGUUUGUGUUUUUCUUUCAAAUAUUAAUUUCGGUUUA